AUGGAUGGACACAACGCACAUGCCAGUUUUGCUGAUGUCCCAUGCGUCUCAGACCCACCGUCACCAUUGCAGCAGCAACCCCAGUCACCGACUCCGCAAGAAAGUGGCGCCGACGUAAUUCCUUUUGUUAGCGACGGCACUUUCCGCAUACCUGUAACGCCCGAUAUUGUUGGCUCCAUUCCACGUGUCAAGGUUCCCCGACAGAAGGGGUGUUCGAUGCGCGAUUGGAGUGUCUGCUUGGAGAAACAGCAGCAGGCAUUGAGGCAACAGGCAUUGAAGCACCAGCGAAAGGAAGAAAGUGAUGAGCGAUGCCUUCUGGCGAAGAAUUGCGGCAGGAGGAUGCUUCCACGGCUGUCAAAGCAGGAAGUUAUGACGCACGCGACUCAUGAUGACCUGUGGAUUGUGAUACGCGGGGUGGUGUACGACUGCAAUAAGUUUCAGCACUUCCACCCUGGUGGCGAGAAAAUAUUGCGGCGAUGUGCCGGGAGGGACUGCACAGCGCUGUACGAUUACUUCCAUUCAUGGGUUUCGUGUGAGGGGAUGAUGGCGCCAUUUGCGGUCGGUAUCAUUGAGGACGAGGUGCAUGUAUAA